UUAAACCGCUGAUUAAGUUCAUUUUAAGUAAUCUAAAGUUAGGUCCUUUCUUCAAUCCAACGGCAGGUUUCCGUUUUUGUCAUUUAAAAUCAAGAAUUCGAAAAAGAAUAUGUAGUAUAAACCCAGUUACCUAUGACCUACAAGUCAAAAGCUUCCAACUGAAGUUUGUAAUAUUAGAAACGAAUUAAAUAUUAAAGCAAGAAAGAUCUCUUCUAAGAAACAUGUCAGGAAAAUAUUGGAAUACUCUCUGCUUGGCUCUGGGCCUUAUCAUGGGCAUUGGGCUGGCACUCCUCUUUGAGUAUUUUCAGACUUCCGAAGUGGAUCUCGACCCCGAGCAAAUCCAAGAUGGGAUUAUUCAGCAGAACCGUACGGAGCAAGAUCUGGCUAGUUGGCUUUACAACGAGACCAGGGUACUCUGCAUGGUGCUAACGAUGCCACAAAACCACGAAACGAAGGCCUUGGCAGUGAAACGAACCUGGGGAAGGCGUUGCAAUAAGCUGAUCUUCAUCAGCAGCCAGGAGGACAAGGAGCUGGGUGCUAUCAAUGUGAACGUUCUCGAGAAGCGAAGACAUCUAUUUAGAAAAGUGCGAAAGGCUGUGAAGUACGUGUUCCAGAACUUUGUGGAGGAUUAUGAUUGGUUUCUCAAAGUAGAAGAUGACACCUUUGUGAUAAUGGAGAAUCUGCGUCUACUGCUUUAUCCAUACGAUCCUGAGGCUGCUCUUUACUUUGGCCACCGAAACCACUUCUCCUCUCGGCAUGGAAACAAAUCCUUAGGAUCUAGCUAUGUGAUGAGUCGGGAGGCCCUACGUCGGCUCCAUCACUUACCCCGGAAUAUAUAUAAUUUAGAUUCUUUAAAUUCAUUAUCCGAAGAGGAACAGUUGGGCUUUUGCAUGCGGCAUGCGGGUGCUGUGGCAGGUGAUGCCCGAGAUGAGGAAGGUCUUGAUCGAUUCAUGCCCAUGACUCUGCCUGAUAAGAUGCCUAAGCUAAAGGAUCUGGAGUUCUGUAAACCUGUCAAAGAAAUUGGCUCGAAAUCAGGAAUAACUAUUCAUCACGUGAAAAACCACAAUAUGAUGGAUUUUCUUCUAUAUAGACUGCAUGUUUUUGGAGUUCCUGUAAUGCCGAUCUCCUUGCCACCUAAGCUGGAUCAAAUACAACAGGAGAAACAGUUGAUUCUUUGGGCUUUGGAAAACCACACAGAUUUUAACACUACUUUAAAAAACUAGUUUUAGAGUAGUUUUAAAACUGCAUUAAAGUAUAAUACUUAGAAAGA